AUGGCUUCAUCAUCCAACAUGGAAUCGACAAGUUUAACAUUCUAUCCCUAUACACCCAGCCGAGCCCUUGCAGCCGUCUUCGCGGUUCUAGUUGGAAUCUCGCUCGGUAUACACAUCUGGCAGAACUUCCGAUAUAAAUACUGGCGGGUCAUGUUCUUCAUGUGCUGGGGAGGCCUCGUCUUUACAUCCGGCUGGGUUAUGAGAACCGUCUCUAGUUUCUACCCCGAGAACAAGAACUUCUACAUCUCAGAAAGUAUUCUCAUUCUCUGCGGACCACCGAUCUACUCCGCAGCUGAAUACAAUAUUCUCGGACGACUCAUGCACUAUCUCCCUAUGCACGCACCUCUGAACCCAAGCAGGCUCAUUUACUUCUUCAUCUACCUGGGUGCACUGGUUGAGGGUCUGACAGCCGCCGGAGCUGCUCGUGUAGCGACAGCAGGAGAUGACCAGGGCCUCCAACGCAGCGGUGGCACACUAGUCGCCGUCGGUUCUGUCCUCCAGGCAGCUGUGGAAUGUAUCUUCAUCGGAAUGAUCGCCCACCUCCACAGCCGCUGUGUUCGAGCCAACAUGCUCACAAAGAAAGUCCGAACCGUCUUCAUCAUGCUUUAUGGCACAUCCUCCCUUGUCUUAUUCCGGUCCAUCUUCCGUGCCAUCGAGAAGUUCAGCACCCUGAACGUCAUUUCUACCGGCCAGUGCGAUGGGGUCUGCGAUGCCGUGCUAAGACAUGAAUGGUACCUAUACGUCUUUGAAGCCGCGCCAAUGGUUCUAUACACCUACUGGCUCAAUAUUGUUCAUCCUGGUAGAUACCUGCCAAACAAGACCACUGUCUACCUUGGUUUUGACAAGGAGGAGUACGAAGGCCCCGGCUGGACCGACAAACGUUCCAAGUGGGAGACCUUUGCCGACCCAUUCGACCUCAAGGGUGCCAUCAAUGGACAAAAGGAGCAUGAGAAGUUCUGGCUUCUUUCUCAAGAUGGCACCCAUCCCAAACACCACAAUGAGCUACAGGCGUAA